AUCGAUCUCACUCUCGCCUCUCCGUCGCUCCCCUUCUUCCUCUCUUUCCCUCUCCUACUCCCGGUCUCGGAUCUCGGCGCUCUUUUCGGGGAAACACGGAACGCGAUGCAGGGGGUGAGUUGCUGGCCUCUGGCGGGCGGUGAGGUGGUGGCGACGGCGACUGCGGCGGCGGCGGCGGCAGGGGUUGGGGGGAAGAGGAGGGGGGCGGCGCUGUCGAUCGACGGGGCUGAGCCUCCAGAGGAGCGGAUCGAGCGGCUGAUAAUGGAGAACCCGGUGUUGAUCUUCAGCCGUCGGGGUUGCUGCAUGUGCCACGUCAUGAAGAGCCUCCUCGCCACGGUCGGGGUCCACCCUACGGUGAUCGAAUUGGAGGAGGCGGAGGAGACGGCGGCGGCGGCUUCCGCGGCCGCGGUGGGCCUGCCGGCUCUCUUCAUCGGCGGCGCUCCAGUCGGCGGUCUGGAGGGCCUGAUGGGGCUCCACCUCAGCGGCCGCCUCAUCCCCAGGCUCCGGGAUGUUGGAGCUCUCUGGGGGUAGAAGUGGUAAAUUCCCGCGAUCUCUUGAAAAUAAAAUCGUAAUUUACCAGCACGUCUGUGGAUCUGUAACUCUUUUAAUUUUUUAGAAAAGGGGGAUUGGAAGGAUUGAGUCAGAGGUUUGGGAAAGUCCCCGUUGGCGUAUGUAAAUAAACUAUAUCAGGAAAGAGGGAAGGGUAACAAGGGAAAACAAAAGGGUCGUAAAAAAAAAAAAAGUACUUUCACGUUUGCCUGCAA